AUGAAAAUUUUUGCAUUGCUAAUUGUUGAUGUGUUAGGAUUAAAAUUACAAGCAGCAUUUUAUUCUAAUCAAAUAUUUGAAUAUUACAACUUGUUUGACUUAGACUUAAAUGAAGGCUUAGAAAAUUCUGCGAUGGCUUCCCUUAUCAAUUGUUUGGAGAAAAAGAACUUGAUUGCAAAAGAAGAACCUUAUUGGUGUCCACAUGGUCAUGGUUAUACUUCAGAAGGUUUUGAUAUGAAAGAACGUUUAAUAAACCACGCUCAUGAAAUUGAAAAAUUUGAGAUUAAAAAACCUGUUACUGAACUUAUAUUUUUAGUAAAUGAUAGGUUAAUAAGAAAAAACGAUUUGCUAAUUUUAAGAAUGAUAUUCAGAAUUACUAAAUGUAAGGGAGAUAACUGGGAAUGUAUUAAAGGAUUAGAUGAAAAAAUUGAAAAAUACAGAGGCUGUGAAUCGUGGAAUUCCCCUGAUUGUUUUGAGAAUCCCGAAACGACAAGGAAAUAUUUAAUCUUGUUUCGUGCUUAUUGGAAUAUACUAAAAGAUUAUGAAAAUCAAUCUAUACUUGCUAUUACUAAAAAGGCUAUAUGUUUAUUUGUUAAAGAUAAUAAACUUAUUAGUGAAGCAGAUUUAAGAAAAUUUUUAAACCAAGAUGAUGAGCUUAUUUUUGAAUGUGAUGAAAAGAUUAAAGAAGCUUUAUAUAAGGAUUAUAACUUUAGUUGUGAUGAAAUUCUUUUUUCUGGUAAAUUUGUUGGCUUUCUCCGUUAUUUACAUUAA